UCUGCGAGAAAUGAAAAUGGCUGCAAGCUAGCAGGGCAGUGUUUUAUUGUGUUUUGCGGCGUUUGUUCCGUAGUCUCUACGCAUUUAUUGCCCCCACAAGUAAAGAGAAAAGAAUAAGACUUUUAUGGACACAACUGCUGAGUAGCACAAAGUUAUUCUCGCCUCAGAGCACUUGGAAGCUUCUCGAGCUAGCUCAGCUAGCUAGCGGCUAACAAAGACACGCGGAAGUGAUCGACACAUCGCUGAGCCGAGAGCAAAUGUGAGUGUAAACUGCGGCGAUUGUCGGAAAAAUGUGCGACACCACGACGGCAGCGGACGAGGAGGAACUUUGUCCAGCGGAAGUGAGCGAGCGGCCAUUCCGGGACGCUGCGUUCAAGGCGACAAUCGUCUUGAAAUCUGCAGACGUCAGAGAAGAACAGCAGCAGGCCCGGAGACCCAGGCUGGAGCAAGAGGUUCCCCAGGCGCCCCACAAUGAAGAAGAAGCGGAGGAGCAGCAGCCCCCCCACAUUAAAGAGGAAGAUGAGGAGCACAGCGUCAGUCCGGAGGAGCUCAAAGGGUUGGAGGAGUUCCCGGUGAUCCGGGUGAUCGUGAAGAGCGAAGAUGAGGACGACAAAGGUCAUAGCGAGGACAGGAAGGAGCCUCCAAGCAGCAGCCGGACCACAGGAGCCGAGGGGCGCCGGGCGGCCAGCCCCUCAGCGCCGCUGUCAGAUAGUGAGCACCCGGCGUCUCCUGACGCCGAAGCUGCGAUGACGUGUCGCGCUGACAGCGCGCACUUCCGGUGCUCUGAGUGUGACAAAACCUUCGGCCACAAGUCAACUUUGAAAACACACAUGAUGAUCCACACGGGGGAGAAACCGUUCAGCUGCACGUUUUGCGGCAAACGAUUCUCGAUAAAAGGACGCAUGAUAACGCACACCAGAACGCACACCGGAGAAAAACCGUACGUCUGCACCGUUUGCGACAAAAGCUUUUCUCAUCAGUCGGCGUUUGUGCGACACAAAAGAACGCACAUGGGUGAGAAACCCUUCACCUGCUCCAUCUGCGGGAAAAGUUUCACUCUGGUCGGAGGGUUGAAAACGCACAUCAGAACGCACACGGGAGAGAAACCCUAUUCCUGCUCGGUGUGCAACAAAGGCUUUUGCGAUCAUUCGGCGUUUGUUCGCCACACGAGGACGCACACCGGGGAGAGACCGUAUUCCUGCGCCGUCUGCGAUAGAAGUUUCACCCAGACGUCGGCUUUGGUCAAACACGCCAGAACGCACACGGGAGAGAAACCCUUUGCCUGCUUGGUGUGCGGCCUCAGAGUCACUCAGAAGUCACAUUUGACCACGCACAUGAGGACGCACACGGGCGAGAAGGUGUUCCGCUGCGCCGUGUGCCAGGAGAGCUUCUCCUAUAAGUACCAGGUCAACGAUCACGCGUGUGCUGGCGAGGGCGGCGCCAAGCUGUGACUCUCGGCCUUCUCGGGAAGGAUCCGGGCCGCAGACCGACACCACGUCUGGAGGAGAAGAUGUGCCGUCAUCCUUUCAUGACUGAGCACGCCACGUCAGUCUGCCCUUUAGCAAGGCACCAGCCCCUCUCCUCUGACACGCCUCCUUGCCUGGUCCCGACACCAAGAGCGAGGCCAGGCACGCCUGAGAAGUCCAACGUUUCAGGUGGCGACCUCACCGAGCUCCUCGACAGAACGCCAAUGGACAAUUUGAGCACAUUAGCGGACAUCGAGUGUCUGGCUGAAACGGAGACACUUUGGAAAGUCCAUCGUUCCACGUCUGCUCUUUCCUAGUUGGGAAAAUCUACCGUGGAAAAUAAAGAAAAGCCAUCCAAUCAGAAGAUGGGGCAAACUCAGCCUGCGUUAUUUUACUCUGUCACGCCUUCAUUUACACUCUGAUGGCCGAUGGAGGCACGCUCUCUCUCUCUCUUCUCUUCUAUUAUUCUAUUCUAUUAUUCUAUUCUAUUCUAUUCUACUAUUCUAUUCUACUAUUCUAUUCUACUAUUCUAUUCUA